CACUCACUCACUCCCUCCCUAAAACACAAAAUCUAUUCUUCGCGGUCACACACUCAGUGCGUGUUCGUGAGAAUUUGCAUUUCCUCUCACCGCCAUUAAUGUUCACUCAGCUCAGCAAUAAAGCGUGACCUUUCGCUUUUCUCACGGAUUUUCUCUCACUAAUCCUUUGCUCUGUACCUAUAGCUAGAUAGCUAGCUAGCUGGCUGCACUGUACUAUCUGCUCUGUCUACAGCACAAAUCUGCAGUGAAAAUCUCAUUUUAUCUACUUUUUCCUCUCUGUUUCUGCUGUUGUACUGUUACUCACAUGGAGCUGAGUAAGGCGACUCUCGAGAUUUUCUCCAGGCUGGAGCAGAAGUGGCUGUACCACUGCCAGGGGAAGAAGACGGCUGUUCUGAGCAUUGACGGCGGCGGAACCUCCGCCGUCGUCGCCGGCGCCGCCCUUGUCCACCUCGAGAACCAGAUCCGGGAGAAAACCGGAGAUCCAAACGCUCGAAUUGUCGAUUUCUUCGACAUCGUCGCCGGCACAGGAAUCGGCGCUCUCCUCGCCGCGAUGCUCGUCGUCGGGGACGGCGACGGACGCCCGAUCUUCUCGGCGAGGGACGCCGUGGCCUUCUUGUCGGAGAAUCGGGAGGAGAUGUUCCGAGCUGCGCGCGGCGGCGUUUUCCGCCGGGGAACGAGGUUUUCCGGCAGGAGCAUGGAUGCCGUGCUGAGGAGGGCUUUCCGAGGGGGUAACGGCAGGGAUUUGAGCUUGAAGGACGCGUGUAAGCCUUUACUGGUGCCGUGCUUCGAUCUGAAGAGCUCGGCGCCGUUCGUCUUCUCCCGCGCGGACGCCUCCGAGUCGCCGAGCUUCGACUUCGAGCUGUGGAAGGUCAUCCGCGCCACGUCGGCUACUCCUUCGGCGUUCAAGCCGUUCGAGCUGACCUCGCGCGACGGAAAAACUUCAUGCCUGGCGGUGGACGGCGGACUCGUCAUGAAUAACCCCACCGCCGCCGCCGUUACUCACGUCCUCCAUAACAAGCGAGAUUUUCCGGCGGUCACCGGCGUGGAGGAUCUGCUGGUUCUGUCGAUCGGUAAUGGACCGUCGGCGGUGGAAAAGCGUCGUGACAGAGAGUGCUCGCCGGCUUCCAUCGUCGGCAUUGUCCUCGACGGAGUUUCGGAAACCAUCGACCAGAUGCUCGGAAACGCCUUCUGCUGGAAUCCUAACGAUUACGUCAGAAUCCAGGCCAACAGCUCUGUGGAGAAGGCGGCGGCGGUACUGGCGGAAAGAGGAAUAGAAUCGCUGCCGUUUGGCGGGAAGCGGUUGUUAACGGAGACUAACGGUGAGAGGAUCAGCGGAUUCGCUCAACGACUUGUUGCGCCAGGGCGGAGCAGCUUGCCGCCAAGCCCGUGCAAGGAAACAGCCGUUAGUCCUCUUGUUAACGGCCGUUAAUUUUUCAGUUUUGAUUUUUGUUUUUUUAUUUUAGUUUUUUAAUUAGUAGACUAUGUCGGGGUUACUUUAUUGUAACUGUCUCGAUUAUCGACUUCAACCAGUAACUAUUUAAUUAAAUAAUAAAUUAAAGUGCUAACUAUUGUUUAGCAUGUGAUUAAUUGUACUCUAAUCACUUAUUUUCUGACCUAGCUACAAUUAAUUGUGUCUGGCUCAGGCUGUAGGUGAAAAUAAUAAAUCUACGAAUCUACUGGACCCUAUUUAAUGUGUAUAGUUGUGAUUCUCAAACGUAAAUUAUCUAUUGAUUUAAUGGUCUAUCUGCUGGUAAUUAAUUCAACUAGAGACAUGUUAUCAGUGACAACUGUAAAGUUAUUGAAUUUUUUACCUUAGAUCAACACA